AUGGAUAAUAAUAGAUUACCACAGGAGGCACUGGAAAGAGUAACACAAAGGACAGAUGAAUUAAUGGAAAGAUAUAACAAGUAUGUAGACUCUCUUAAAGACUCAUACCACACAGCGGAGAAGGAAAGAAAAGAGUUCUUGUCAUCUGGCAUUGAAUUUACAAAGCUUAUAGAGAAUGAAGAGACAGAAAAAAGAACUCUAGAAGUGCACGAAUCAUAUAAAAAGCUAUUAGAUGACAGAACAGCUCUCUCCAAGGCAUUCUUAGCCGAAAUAAAUUCAGUUCUUUCUUUAGUCGACCAAGAGCUGCUUUUGCUUGAGUCGCCAUAUGAGCCAAAGUUUGGAAUUCAGACACAGAAUCCGAGAAUAUUCAAGACCAAUAAAAAUAAUCCAAAAAGAAUAAAAAGUGGCGAUGACAAAGAGGCAUUCCCAAGCGAUGGCAAGUACUGCAUAUGCAAUGGCCCUGCAUACGGCGACAUGAUAGCAUGCGAUGCAUUUCACAUGGAAAUUCCAUGGUUUCAUAUGGAGUGCAUGGGACUAUUCAGUGCGCCCAGAGGAAAUUGGCUUUGCCCAAAGUGCCAGCCACCCGAAUAAUUCAGUCAUAGAAAUGUACAUAAACUUACAUUAUAGUUUUGUGAAGAUAUUAUAUAGAAUA